AUGAUUCGUGGCAGCAGUCGGCCAGAAGCCAACAGCGUUACCGCCAUCAAACCCGAAGAGGCAAAACUAGCUACGGAACAGCUCUCUACACGUUACAGCUCUUCUUCAGAUGAUGAUUGUGAAUUUUCUGUUUCUUUUGAGCCACAAGAAAAUAUUAAGAAAAGUACUAACUGGACAUAUUCUGAAAUUAAAGAAAAACUUUAUGUAAACAUGGCAGUGGCGUGUCCAAUUCGCUUUAAGGUGAAAAAAUUGCCACCAGAUGGCACCAUUAUUCGUGCAACACCUGUUUUUAUUAGUUCAGAGUUUAGAGAGGAUGUUGCUAAACGUCAUCCUGCACCAGAGCACUUAAUUCGCUGUGAUAAUAGUUCUGCACAAUAUGUGGAAUGUCCAUUUUCUAAAAGACUAAGUGUUAUAGUUCCUUAUGAAAGUCCUAAAGUCGGGAUGGACUAUUCUUUGUAUAUAUAUAGAUUUAUGUGCCUUGGAAGUUGUGUUGGAGGUUUGAAUCGAAGAGCUCUACAAAUUAUUUUUACACUGGAAAAAGAUAAUCACUGCUUGGGUCAAAGAAAAUUAAAUAUUCGAAUCUGUGCUUGUCCUGGAAGAGACAGGAGACUUGAAGAAAGAAGACAGCUGAAACAAAAACAGACUCCAAAAACAGUGCCAAAACUACUUAGCAGUUCCAGUUCAGAGGAAACUUUUGUUAUUCCUAAACAACAUCAUCAUCACCACUUUGAAAGAGUAAGAAGUAUAUUAGAUGUCCUCGAUUUUGCAGACUUGUUGACAGACCAACAAAAAGCAACACUUCGUGACAUUAAAUUGCAAAGACUGAAUGUUUGGCCUUCAUUAUCAAAACGUAACAGUUCCUGUAGUAGUUCGAGUGGCAACAAAAAUGAUUUGAUGAACAAAUUAUUUAAAAAAAGUGAUUCUGCUAAGACAAGGAAUCAAGCAACGGUACCACCU